GGAAGAUUUCGAAUUGUCGAAUAAGAUUGAUAAUACAGGAAUAUUACAAUAAAUUAGGCUUUUAAUAUUAAUAAUUUCUAAUCAAUUGAUGCGCUUGUGUAUACUAUAUUGUCAUCAUUCAAGUUACAUCAUAUUGCAAUGAAUAAUAAGUACAUACAUAAACCAUUAAUUGAUACUCAAAAAAGUUACAAGGCUCCUUUUUUUUUAGUUUAAUGUACAUAAAGAUGCAUUUUUUUUUUUUUUUUUAUCGUAAUGUACAUAGCAAAGUCGAUAAUGUCUUCGCUCGACAUCAGUUACUUCCACCCCCUGUCUUAUGAAUGGGGUUGGAACGUUCACGUGCGUGCAUAGAGGGAUAACUUUCAUAACUUCCCUUAACAACGACACAACAAGUCGGCAACAACAGCGCAAUAUACAUUUAUAUAUUUUCUCUGCAAAGAAAAUAAUAACAACCAGUACUUAAUUAUUACUGGCUACCUGUAGUCGUCAUGGUGCAGUUGAGCGAAGCAACAGCUGAUCUAAUGGACCAGUUGAUGAAAGUAGACAUUUUCCAUCCACUAGAGAAGCUUCAGCUGUUGAAAGACGAUAAAAGGACAUUCCUUGAUCCAAAUGUGAUAAUGGAUGAGAGACAUCGAACACUCAGAGAGAACUUUUACGUUCCGCCCGUUGAACGUUCCGUUUUAGCGGAAGCCAAGAAGCUGUUCACGGAGGAGGAAGCGAGAGAAUUAUAUAUAAAAAAACAACAACGAUUUUUCGACAGAGAAUUAAAAAAAUUUGAAACCGAAUUGUGCAGAUCCCGGCCGAAGUUCUCGAAACCAUACUCGUGCAAGAAGAGAAACUUGGCGCCAUCGGAUGAUGAAAAUUUUUGGGGAGCGUUUAGAAAAGUAAGAACCAAGACAAGUUGUGUCGAAAAAUCAGAGAAGAACAAAAGAUGUACAGACAGCAUUCGAAAGAAGAGUACGAUAAGACAAAUCGUAGAAGAGAAAAAUGAAAAGAAAACGGAAUGUCAAGUACCAUGUAUUGGAAGCAUAAAAGUAACCAUCAAAGAUAAACCUAAUUUCGAGUCGCAAGCACAGCGUUUACAUCUUUUAAGAAAGUAUUUCAAUGCGGUGAAAAAAAAUGCUGCGGAAGAACAACGUAUCCGAGAUGUCAAAACAAAGAUCCAACAAAAUAUGAUCUCAAAAAUAACAAGAAAGUAUUUUGAUAUAUGGAGAACACGUACGAAGUGUAGGAAAAGCAUCGAACAGAGAAACCCACAGCCAAAAGAGAUCCUCGAAGAACGAAGGAUAGAAUUGUUCAUAAACGCUAUUACAGAACAUCAAAGAGAAUUGAUGAAGAAUCGUAAACCAAAGAGCAGAGAUGGUAAGGUGGCUAUAAAAGAAACGAACAGUGUAUGCUGGAAAAAGAAAAACAUGCACUCUAAACACGGUAUCGUGGAGUCACCAGCGCAAAACCGAUUGAAUGCACAGAAACGAAUCAUAGAGAAGCAGAGGGCUAAAUUAAACGAACAGAACAGAAUUAUCGAGGAGUUGAAAUUGAAACAGAUGCAAGAGGAGAUAGCUAGAGCGAGCAAGGAGACAGUGGACAUGGCGAAAGAAACUCUCACGCACCUAGGUCAAAGGACAAGAAGAACUUUGAUUCAUUUGAUGCACCAAUCGGGCUACAGAGAUGAAAGUUUAACGGCACCUCGACCACCACCGGUUCCGCCAAAAUUUCUCUUAAGAAUGGAAGCUCGAGCAGAGGACAGACGGAAAAGAGUUAAACUGGCGGAAGAAGAGCGCAGGAAGAGAGUGGAGGAGCAGAGAAGAAAGGAAGAAGCUACCAGAAUGAAGGAGGAACAGACGAAGAGAAGAUUGCAACGAGAGGCAUUAGCCGAGGAGAGAAGAUUAAGGAAAGAGCGCGAAGAACAUCGGCUACGUGAAAUCGAAAGAUUUCAGAAAUUAAACGACACAGCGGAUGAGUUUUACAGAAAGUGUUUGUUGAGACGCUUUGCGAUAGAACCGUUGAUGGAACUCGUAGAAUUAAAAAAGAAAAAUAUGAAAAAAGCUGAGGAUCAUUAUCGAGUACGAUUGAUAAGGAAGAUAUUUACAGCUUGGAAAAGAGAAACUGAAACUCAAUAUAUGAUUAAGAUUGAAAUCGCUGAAACGGUUUAUAAUAAAAAUCUAAUCGCAAGGAUGUUCGAAGAAUGGAAAGACAUGGUCAAAGAAGCGAACCUGAAGCAUCAGGUUGCGACAGACUUCCACGACAUGAAACUUUCAGAGAAGUACUUUAAAUUAUGGCACGUAAGGAUUCUCGAACUUAAAACGGAAGAGGAGGAGAAAAACGAGAUAGCUUAUAGACAUAAUGAAAAUCAAUUGAAAGCAAGAUACUUCAUCGUUUGGAAGAAAUAUAUCACGAUCGCGGCGGAUAUUAGAGAAAGCGAGAAAAGAAAAGAGGAAUUACGACAAUUAGUACAGAAAGUGAUUCCUGACUUUGACCCUAAACAGAGGGGUGUAGCAUUAGAAGAUUAAACUUAAUUCGUGAUACUGAAAGUAGAAUACAAAAAUUGUACGAUAAUGAUAUGUGUGAAUUUAUAUAACGCAAAG